UUGGGGCGAUGUUCGCCUCUAGCGACGCCGAGGCGCCCGGGUUUGGGCAGGAUGCCGCCAACAGCGCCAUUCCAGCUCCAGGCAAGCGCAUUCGAAAGCCCGUGCAGCGCCGAUCCGUGGAUUACACCUCUACUGUCUUGCGCUACCUCCAGGUACGAAUGUGGCAGCAAAACUAUGGGCAAAAGCCGGUGCUCCAGCCAACAACGUCGGCCGCGCUGGAUCUUCUUCCAACGGGAGCUUAUCUCGACAAUCCGGCAACGAGUUUCAGCACAAAGUUCGUGCACUGCUCGACUAACAAAGUCCGCUGCUCGAUCAACAGAGUUUUGUGGACUCCUACUGGACGUCGUCUCAUAACGGGCUCCCAGAGUGGAGAGUUUACUCUCUGGAAUGGGUUGUCGUUUAACUUCGAGAUGAUCUUACAGGCGCAUGAUAGUGCUGUAAGGUCGAUGAUCUGGAGCCACAAUGAAAACUGGAUGGUUACGGGCGAUGACGGUGGCUGUAUCAAAUACUGGCAAACAAAUAUGAACAACGUAAAAGCGAACAAGACAGCUCACAGAGAACCGGUACGAGAUUUAAGUUUUUCAAGUACGGAUCUGAAGUUCUGCUCGUGUUCCGAUGAUACCACAGUCAAAAUCUGGGAUUUUGCCCGGUGUCAAGAAGAGCGUUCAUUAACUGGUCACGGCUGGGACGUGAAGAGUGUGGAUUGGCAUCCACAAAAGUCUCUCCUUGUUUCCGGUGCGAAGGAUAAUCUUGUGAAAUUGUGGGAUGCCAGGACGGGCCGUGAACUUUGUACAUUGCAUGGUCACAAAAAUACAGUCCUUUGUACAAAAUGGAAUAACAAUGGAAAUUGGGUGUUAACUAGCUCAAGGGACCAAGUAAUCAAGCUGUUUGACAUCCGAACCCUGAAAGAUAUCGAGACUUACCGUGGCCAUAAGAAAGAAGUAGCAUCAUUGGCAUGGCAUCCUUUCCACGAGGAACUCUUUGUGAGCGGAAGCCACGACGGCAGCAUUAUACACUGGCUUGUUGGGCACGAUCAACCUCAGGCAGAAGUCUCAAAUGCUCACGACAACAACAUUCUCGAUCUGUCCUGGCAUCCCAUGGGCCACAUACUUUGCAGCGGAGGCAGCGACCACACCACGAAGUUCUGGUGUCGAAAUCGUCCUGGUGAUACCACUCGCGACAAGUACAACGCACCUCUCAUGCAAGGGGCCUCGAACGAGCAAAUGGCACCGCUGGGACGAGGAUCUGGAUCAGUUCCAAUGGAAGCCUCGAGCUUGGGGAGCUCAUUCAUGGGUGUUGGAGGUGCUGUUGACGAAGGCACCAUCCCCGGCGUUGGCAUGGCAAUGCCGGUGGUCCAAGCUCCUGACAGUGCUGCUGCUCGGAUACCUGGUAUUCCUUCACGACCGCCGAUGGCAAUGCACCAUCCAUUCCCUCCUCAACUACAAAUGCAGCCUCCUCAAGACAUGUAUGGUCAGUUUGCGCCGCCACCUCCGCCACCUCUUCCUGGAGCUGCUCCUGUUCCUCCUGGCAUCCCGGGCAUCCCACGGCCAAGCUUUCGUCAUUUCCAGCAGCAAAUGAUCCCAGGACUUCCUGGAUUCCAGCCGGGAGAGCCUAGCUAGAGCAAGCACGAAGACUGGACUAGAAGAAACCGAGUUUCACAUCCUUUUUGACAAAAUUACCAUAUGUAAACUUUUGGAUUAAGUUCCUUGUUCCUGAUUCACGUUAAACUGGCUGUAUUAGUUGAUGAUACAAGCUUAGAAGUCAAAUAUGCGUGUUUCA